UUGUUCCUCUAGAAGUUCUCUCUAGGCAGUUGCUCAGUUUCAGAAUCCUCCUGGGCUCAGCCAACCACAAAGAUGAGUGCCACAGAGUGCAUGCUGAAGACAGAACACGCCUCCCCAGAUGGCUUGCUUGAGGCAGAAAAGGGUAAAAAACUCCAAGGAAAAUGUUUAACACUUGCUUCUCCUGUGACAUCCACCAAGCUUUUUUGCUGCUGUCUGCUGACCACUGUCCUCACUGCAGCUGUAGUUGGGCUUUCUGUUGCUUUGUUAGUGAGAAAACCAGAACAGGCCAUCAUGAACCAUACCUACUAUUCUACCUGCCCAAGAAAGUGGAUUGGAUAUGGAAAUAAAUGCUAUUAUUUUUCUGAAGACACAAGAAAUUGGACACAUUGCCAGAACUCCUGCAGGGCAUUGGGAGCUGAACUCACUCAGUUUGAAAGCUUGGAAGAACUGGAUUUCCUGAGGAGAUUCAUGGGCCCUUCUGACCACUGGAUCGGCCUUCAAAGAGAAUCGUCACAACCUGCUUGGAAGUGGACAGACAAUACUGAGUACAGCAACACGGUUUCCAUCCGAGGAGUGGGAGAGCACGCCUACCUGAAUGUAAACGGAAUCAGCAGUGCCAGGCAGCAUAUAGAUAGGAAAUGGAUUUGUAGCAAGCCCAUCAGCUACAGCCUUCAGUGCCAAAUACCUUGAACUUCUUUUUAGAAUGUGACAGCGAUGCAUUGUAAUUUGCUAUCUACAGUUGUGAUUAGCAAACUGUUAUCAAAAUUAUCAAAUUGUGGGACUGGAGAGAUGGCCCAGUGGUUGGGAGUGCUGGCUGCUCUUUCAGACAAACUUGGUUCAGUUCCUGUGACUCCAGUUCCUGGGAAAUCUG